AUGGCCACCUUUCACCUGAUUACUUUUCACCUGGCUACCUUUCACCUGGUUACCGUUCACUUGAUUGCCUUUCACACGGUCACCUUUCACCUUAUUACUUUUCACCUGGCUACCUUUCACCUGGUUACCUUUCACUUGAUUGCCUUUCACACGGUCACCUUUCACCUGAUUACCUUUCACCUGGCUACCUUUCACCUGGUUGACUUUCACUUGGUUGCCUAUCAUCUGUUCGCCUUUCAUUUAAUUGCCUUUCACCUGUUUGUCUUUAACCUUUCAUGUGGUUACGUUUCACCUGACAACCGUCUCUGGAAGGAAGCAGACGACAAUCUCAGCGUCGAAGCGUUUUCAACUUCCAAAGAAACUAGAUAUUGUAACGAGCUGUGCGAGAAAUACCUUCUGCGCAAGACUUGUCAUUUUUCCAAACCUUCGAACCACCCUGAUGGUGGUGGUAGUCGCGUGCUGCUAUACGCUGCUGCCGAUACAGUCGAAAGGUUAUUUGUUGCGGUUUCAAAGUAUCGAUCCAUGGAGCGAUGGAUCUUGGUCUCAUCUAUCUAUCUAUCUAUCUAUCUAUCUAUCUAUCUAUCUAUCUCAGGCCUUGUCAUAUUUCUAUAUAUAUCUAUUUAUCUAAGUCAAUUUAAUAUUCAUCUAUCUAUCUAUCUAUCUAUCUCUUUUUCCAUUAUCUAUCUAUCUAUCUAUCUAUCUAUCUAUCUAUCUAUCUAUCUAUCUAUCUAUCUGUCAUUUCAUAUCUAUCUAUAUUUUUCUAUCUAUCUAUCUAUCUAUCUAUCUAUCUAUCUAUCUAUCUAUCUAUCUAUCUAUCUAUCUAUCUGUUCCAAUAUAUCUAUCUAUCUAUCUAUCUAUCUAUCUAUCUAUCUAUCUAUCUAUCUAUGUCCAUUUUUUUUCCUCAAUAAUUACUUUAAUCAACCUAGGAUCAUUUGCAUAUCGACGCCUGUGAUUAAAAUUGAUCAUCUCACGUGCACCUGUCGUCGUCUAUUUCUCUCUCUCUCUCUCUCUCUCUCUUUCUUUCUUUCUUUCUUUCUUUCUUUCUGUCUGUCUGCUUCUCUCUCUCACUUGAUCUAUCUAUCUAUCUAUCUAUCUAUCUAUCUAUCUAUCUAUCUAUCUAUCUAUCUAUCUCUGUCAUUUCAUAUCUAUCUAUAUUUUUCUAUAUCUAUCUAUCAUAUCUAUCUAUCUAUCUAUCUAUCUAUCUAUCUAUCUAUCUAUCUAUCUGUUUUCACAAGAUCAAUAUUUAACCAGGAAAGGAAAAGUCGGGAGGCUUUCUUUCCCCCGCCCCCUUCCAAAUCCCUUCGUUUCCUGCCACUGUUGAUCAAACCUGAAACCGUGCGUUGCGCAUCUAUCAUCCUUCGCAUCAGCCGACACUCUUUUCUGAUAAGUGCUUCUUGUCUUCCUGUUUAA